AACCCUAAAACACUCUCCUUUUCCAUCUUUCUAUGUAACCGCCUAAGCUACUACUGUCUCCAGAUCAGUCAUGGCGACUUCUUCCUUGGACCAAGAAACGGCCAAGGCAGUUCUUCGCCAGGUAGAGUUUUACUUCAGUGACAGCAAUAUUCCCAGAGAUAGUUUUCUCAAGAAAAAAAUCAGCGAGCGCGAAGAUGGCAUGGUUAGCUUGGCUUUGAUAUGCUCGUUUUCGAAGAUGAGAGAGCAUUUAAAGUUAGGAGCUGUGAAGCCAGAGGAAGUAUCAGAGGAUACUGUGAAAGCUGCAGCUGAAACUCUUAGGACAUCUUCUUCCCUCAAGGUUUCUGAAGAUGGUAAGAGAGUUGGUAGGAGUGCUGAACUCUUGAAGCCUGACGAAAUGAUUGAGCAAUUAGAUGUAAAAACAAUAGCUGCAUCACAUUUUGAAUAUGAUGUAAAGAGGGAAGAUUUGGAGUCCUUUUUUGGUAAAUACGGCAAGGUUAAUUGUGUGAGGUUGCCUCGUCAUGUAGGGGACAACAGGUUAUUUUGUGGGACUGCUCUGGUUGAGUUCUCAGCAGAGGAGGAUGCACAAAAGCUUUUGAAGCAAAGCUUGGUUUAUGCAGGUGUAGAGCUGAAACUAAAACCAAAAAAAGAUUUUGAUGAGUCAAGGAAAAAAGAGGCUGAGGAGUUUGAGAAAUCUCAUCCAGGUUCAAAUCGUAAGAAAAAUACAGAUGGAGAAUCAAACUACCCCAAGGGUUUGCUUGUUGCAUUUACAUUAAAGAGAUUAUCAGCUGGGGACUCUAGUGAUCAAAACAAACUUGAUAAACCAAGCAAGGAUGAUACUACUGAAGGGAGUGAGCAGAAGUUGCCAGAAAAUGACAAUGACAAGGAGAAAAAUGAAGGUGUAGAAAUGGACACCAAAGAUGGAGAUAAGUCUUCUGAUAGGCCGACUGAAAGGGACGAAGACAUGGGAGAAAAACCUGUUUCUGCCUUUAAAAAUGAUAUGAAUGUUGUCUUGCGUGAAGACCUUAAGGAUGUGUUUCAAAACUUUGGCACUGUCAAGUUCAUUGAUUUUAAAAUUCGAGAGGAUUCGGGUUAUAUACGGUUUGAAGCUCCUGAAGGAGCUCAGAAAGCUCGUGCAGCUGCAGUCCUGGCUAAAGAAGGUGGUCUGAUCGUGAAGAAUUUUGUUGCUAUUCUGGAACCAGUAACUGGUGAUGCCGAAAGGGAGUAUUGGAGUCAAAUUCGUGGUAACCAAGAAAAGCACCGAGAAAGUAAGGGCAACCGUGAAAGGGGAGGAAGAUACCAUAGAGGUGGUAAACAUGCCCGUGGUAGAGAGAAUGAUUCUCCUAGAGGUCGUCCAAACAAAGCUCAAAAAGUUGCAGCAGCAUGAGAAGCAUGAGAUAUGAGAGUGAUCUGUGAAAUUUCAAGGACUGCAAGAUAUAUAUCAUCUGCUUCCAGUAGUUUUAGGAUUUUAUUGUACUCGAGUUUUUUUCUUCUUUUGGUUAUACCAUGAGGAUUUUGUUGGGAUGAGAUGUUUCAAGUGCUUUUUCAUCCCCUUGGCCUUGGUAGCCAUAUGUUAAAAUUUUUGCUACCAUAUUCAUAUUUGAUAUAGGGCAAUGGGAUUUUGGGGAAGAGAGAACUAGGCUUCAAUGGGUUCUUGAACAGGAUGAACUGCCGCUUGGGUUGAAAUCAGUUUUUAAAGAAGUCAAAGUUCAUUUUGGAAAAACUGGAUCUGACAAGACAUUGUUUCAUUAGUUCUGGUUCUGCUGAUGAGCAGCCAGUACCCAGCAGGCUGUAGAUCUUU